CUUCUCACCGGUCAAGAUGUCUGACAUGGAAGAUGAUUUUAUGUGCGAUGAUGAGGAGGAUUAUGACUUGGAAUACUCAGAGGACAGCAACUCUGAGCCUAAUGUUGACCUGGAGAAUCAGUACUACAAUUCCAAAGCUCUGAAGGAAGAUGACCCAAAGGCUGCUCUGAGUAGCUUCCAAAAGGUGCUGGAACUGGAGGGUGAGAAAGGAGAAUGGGGAUUCAAGGCAUUAAAACAGAUGAUUAAGAUAAACUUUAAACUGACAAAUUUCCCUGAAAUGAUGAACCGGUACAAGCAACUUUUGACUUACAUUCGGAGCGCUGUUACCAGGAAUUAUUCUGAGAAAUCCAUCAAUUCUAUACUAGAUUACAUCUCCACCUCCAAACAGGUGAGUAUUUUUAUAUGUUCUGUCUUACAGAUGGACUUGCUGCAGGAAUUUUAUGAGACUACUCUGGAAGCACUGAAAGAUGCCAAGAACGACAGGCUAUGGUUUAAAACUAAUACAAAGCUGGGAAAAUUAUAUCUGGAGAGAGAAGAGUAUGGGAAACUGCAGAAAAUUCUACGACAGUUGCACCAGUCAUGUCAGACGGAUGAUGGAGAGGAUGACCUUAAGAAAGGCACUCAGUUAUUAGAGAUCUAUGCUCUGGAAAUCCAAAUGUACACUGCACAGAAAAACAACAAGAAGCUGAAAGCCCUUUAUGAGCAGUCUCUGCACAUCAAGUCGGCAAUACCCCACCCCCUCAUCAUGGGUGUAAUCAGAGAGUGUGGCGGGAAAAUGCACCUGAGAGAGGGAGAGUUUGAGAAGGCACAUACAGACUUUUUUGAAGCAUUCAAAAACUACGAUGAAUCAGGAAGCCCCAGACGAACCACGUGUCUCAAGUAUUUAGUUUUGGCCAACAUGCUGAUGAAAUCAGGAAUAAACCCAUUCGACUCUCAAGAGGCAAAACCCUACAAAAAUGACCCAGAGAUUCUAGCAAUGACAAACUUGGUAAGUGCCUACCAGAACAAUGACAUCACAGAGUUUGAGAAGAUCCUGAAGACAAACCACAGUAACAUUAUGGAUGAUCCCUUCAUCAGAGAACACAUCGAGGAAUUGUUGCGUAACAUAAGAACACAAGUGCUUAUCAAAUUAAUUAAGCCUUAUACUAGAAUACACAUACCAUUCAUCUCAAAGGAAUUAAACAUUGAUGUUGCAGAUGUUGAAAGCUUGCUCGUUCAGUGCAUACUAGACAACACAAUCAAUGGCCGCAUUGACCAGGUCAACCAACUGCUGGAGCUUGACCACCAGAAAAGAGGUGGAGCGCGAUACACUGCUUUAGAUAAAUGGACCAAUCAGCUUAACUCUCUCAACCAAGCCAUUGUCAGUAAACUGGCUUGAUUGACAAAGCUCAGAAUCUGGAGACAUUUCACUUAUGAGGCAGCCAGGUGAAAGGGUACAGAAGGCUGUCAGUGAAAAAAAACAACAUCAUGUAAUCCCAGAUCACUGAUUGACAUGAAGUGUGUGCUGAAAUUGUCUAGUUUAUAUAUUUUUUUUUCAGCUGCAGUUAUUUAAGCCUCAACUGCUUUAAACAUCCUAAAGACAACAAAAAUAGCCACAGAAUAUUGGAAUCUUUAAACCUGUGAUACAUUAAUGGUUUGGGCUGUCAUAUUGUCAUCAAAUGAAAAAUGUUAUUAAUUUUAAUCACGUUUCGACACUUGGUUAUGUUUAAUGUUGAAAAAGACAUCAGAUUCACUUUGAGAACUUUUGGAAAGUGUAAGGACACUCAGUAAUUAAGUGAAAUGUUUACUUGUUGAACAUUGACAGCAUGUUUUGUUUGUUUUGCAUUCAGAUACAGUCUCUUAAAGGGCAGGUUUAUAUAUGUGUAUAUAUUUUUUUCCGCUGUCAUGUUACCUUAAAAUAACUCUGUCAGGGGCGACUGGAUACAUUUCAUUAGUUGUGAUGGCUGCGUUUCAGAAUUCUGACAGUUUUUUCACCUCCACAAACACCAGUGGGACAAAUGAAUUAACGAUUUUAACUAGUGUGACUGCGGCUAUGACCUCAGGUGCUCCUGUUUUUCCCAGUUGAAGAUGCCAUUUGUUAGAAUCUUGAAACUCAGCUGUUCCUCUUUUUAGAAUGUACCCCCAUACACAGAGUUGUUUUGAGGUUUAAAAAGGUGGGAAAAAAGGUGAACCUUGCCUUUCUCGCACUGCAUCACUGGUGUCUGUGAAAACACUUUCAUUGCAAAAAUUCCUCUAGUUUUCACUCAAAACAGUGCAAAGGAGUUCAAUUGUGAUGCAACCCAGGC